AUGUCUAAUGCGAAUAAUUCGAUUAAUAAAAUUAUUGCUCAGUCAAGUAAAUUAGAUCGAUCGACAAGUAGCGUUCGGUUUCAAAUUGAAAAAGUAUUUGAUGACGACGAUGAUGGACCCGAAGAUUCUUCGAAUUCAAAAAAGGUAUUAGAUAAAACAUCAAGUGUUCCGAUAAAUUUCACGUCAUCGACAAAUUCGAAUGAAUCGAAGAAAAAAAUGCUUUUCGAUCAAAAGACUGACAGUCUUACGGUUAAUGAACAACCUGGCACCUAUGACACGAUCGAAGCAUUACCACAUAGUGAUCAUUAUCGAAAUCUAUUUUCAUUCACAUCUUCAGAGCCAAAAACUCGACCAACAUUAGAAGCGUUGCAUGGGACAAAAUGCGCGUCAGCAAAACUGAAUUUGGCAUCAACGAUCGAUCUGAACAGCGAAAUGGUUAGUUCAGUUAUGAUACCAUCUGAUCAACCAAUCAAAGCAGAAAUUAAACCAAAAACUGAAAUUGUUAAAUUUGGAUGGAUUAUUGGCGUUCUUAUUCGCUGCGUAUUGAACAUCUUCGGUGUCAUGCUGUUUCUUCGUCUAUCCUGGGUUACAGGUCAAGCCGGUAUUGGUUUAGCGUGUAUAAUCAUCAUCAUUUCAACGGUCGUCACUAUUCUAACAUCAUUAUCAAUGAGUGCGAUAUGUACGAAUGGCGAAGUCAAGGGUGGUGGAACUUAUUAUCUGAUCUCACGUAGUCUUGGUCCGGAAUUCGGAGGUGCUAUCGGCUUGAUAUUUUCUUUCGUUAACGCAGUUGCUGCAGCGAUGUAUACAAUUGGUUUUGCUGAAACAGUUCGUGAUCUUCUGAAAGAGUAUGGAGUGAAGAUCUUUGGAACAGUAAUCGAUGGAGAAUCAGUGAAUAUUGUACGCAUUAUUGGAGUGAUUACAAUGACUAUUAUUUUGGGCAUUGCCUUGAUUGGUAUGCGCGGGGAGACUAUUGUGCAAAUUACACUACUUAUUACACUAAGUGCGUCACUUCUGGACUUUUUUAUUGGUUCAUUGAUGCCUGUUACAUCGUAUAAGCGUCGACAUGGUUUCGAAGGCUAUUCAUGGAAGAUAAUUAAGGAAAAUUUCGGUCCGAGAUUUACCAAUGGAGAAACAUUUCAGCAUGUUUUCGGCGUUUUCUUUCCGUCAGUAACAGGAAUCCUCGCUGGUGCAAAUAUAUCGGGAAAUUUAAAAAACCCGUCAAAAGCUAUUCCGUUAGGUACUAAUGUAGCGAUCGGAAUAACAACAUUUGUUUAUCUUGCCUUUUGUGUCAUCUCGGGUUGUACUACUCAUCGUGAAAUUGCUUUGGAUUACUACGAACGUCGUAAUGGUAGUGCAAUGCAGAUCGUUAACUGCACAAUUCAUUGGAAUGAUAAAAAUUGUAAAUCAGGAUUAGUUUAUAACUAUCAAACAAUGAAAAUGAUAGCCGCUUUUGGACCUUUGAUCACUGCUGGAAUUUUUGCAGCAACGUUAUCGAGUGCUCUAGCGAGUCUGGUCGGUGCUCCGAAAAUCUUCCAAGCGGUGUGUCGCGACAUGAUAUUUCCUCGUUUGAAGUAUUUUGCUGUUGGUAAUGGAAAAUCUGAUGAACCUAUACGGGCCUAUUUCCUAACGUAUCUUGUUGCUGUUUCGUUUACUGCGAUUGGCGAACUGAAUAAGAUUGCACCAAUUAUUUCAAAUUUUUUCCUUAUGACCUAUGCGUUGGUCAAUUAUGCAUGUUUUGAUGCUUCACUAGCCAAAGCCAGUGGAUGGCGACCAGGUUUUCGAUACUAUAACAAAUGGUUAGCGUUAACAGGAGCUAUAUCUUGUGUUGCUGUUAUGUUUAUCAUUAACUGGUGGGCGGCUUUGAUCACAUUCUUGGUGAUGAUUGGAAUCUAUCUUUACGUUCGAACAACAAAACCAGAGAUCAACUGGGGCUCGACGGCUCAUGCACAUACGUACCGUCGUGCACUUGACGCAACUCAUAAACUAGAUGCUAUUCAAGAACAUGUGAAAAAUUUCCGACCUCAAAUGUUGGUGUUUACUGGGAAUCCAAUUCAUCGUUCAGUCUUAGUUGAUCUUUGUUCCUUGGUUACUCAUGGCCGUAGUUUAAUGAUCUGUGGGAAUGUUAUCAUAGACGACCCAACAGUAAAUCUACCGUAUAAACAGAAUGACGAUGGAGAAACUUGGUUAAAGCAGCGUACGGCAAAAGCAUUCUAUCAACCUGUUGUCGAACCUAGUCUUCGACAAGGAGCAAUUGCACUAUUGCAAUGUGUCGGAGUAGGGAAAAUGCGACCAAAUGUCGCUGUGCUCGGUUUUAAGAAUGACUGGACGGCUAAUGCAAUUGCAACCAUCGAUUAUUUCAAUAUUAUUCAUGACGCGUUGCAUCUCAAGUAUGGUAUUGGCAUUCUACGAUUACAGACAGGACUUGAUGAAAGUGACUUUUUUCAACCGGAUCUGCCUGACGACGAAGAUGAUGAUGACGACGAUAACGAUGAAUCAGUUAUUUCAAGUCCGCUACGACGUAUUCCAAAGGUAAACAACAGUGCCGCACAACAAAUAGACGGUUUAAUAUUGAAAAAUGCGGGUGCAAGUGAAGGUAUUUCGCUAACCAUGGAUAUAUUUGGUCCAAAGAAAACCUCAGCUGACACGAUCGAUGUUUGGUGGUUGUUUGAUGAUGGUGGAUUAACCUUACUAUUACCGUACCUACUGCAACGUCGAAAACGUUGGCGUAAUUGUCAACUUCGAAUAUUUUCAUGCGUACCUGGAGAUAAAACUGAUGCAGAAAGGCAACAUGUGGCUAUGGCAUCAUUAUUAACAAAAUUUCGUAUAAAAUACACCGAUUUACAUGUUCUUCACGGUUUGAACAAACAACCGAACGAACGUGAAACCGAAAAAUUCCAACAACUUCUGCAAGCUUGGCAUCAAAACAAUAAAAAUCUCUCGACAACGGAUGAAUCAUGGAGAAUUUUAGACAUUGAGUUAGAUAUGAACAAAGAAAAGAUUAAACGAGGACUUAACCUUCACGAGUAUCUAAUCGAACACAGUUCUCAAUCAACACUUAUUAUCGUUACGUUACCCAUUCCACGGAAACAAUCGAUAUCCGCUGGACUUUAUCUCGCAUAUUUGGAUGCGAUUAGUUACAAUUUACCUCCAUUAUUAUUCUUACGUGGCAAUCAAAAGAAUGUUCUGACAUAUUAUUCCUAA